AUGGUAGCUCAAAAAUUCGACUCGCCAAACGGUGUACAUUCGACUAAUUCGAAGACAGCCUCUCGCCAAAGAAUUAUAAACGUAACCCAUCUUAUUCCUCAUUCUCCUAUUCUUCAGAAACAGCCAAAUACAAACGACACUUAUACUUGGUUACUUCGACCCCGUGAUGCUCAUACUGCUCUGUACUCAGGCAUACGCUCACUCAACAAAGAUUGGGAUAAUCUAGUCAUUGGUUACGUCGGUGACAUCAAUCAGGACGAGAACGGACACAUCAAUGGAUACUCAAGUUCACUAGGCAAUUGCAGCGGGAACCUCCUUGACCACAGCGCAUUGACUGAUGAACGUAAAAAAGAAUUGGAAUAUUUGCUGGCGAAAGACAAGGUAUAUCCCAUAUUCUUGAAUGAAGUGGAGCAUCGGGGACACUACGAAGGAUACUGCAAAACUGUAUUAUGGCCUCUCUUUCACUACAUUUUAUGGGACAAGGCCACGGACGGCCGAGAAGAAGCAACAAAUUGGGUACAAUAUGUGAAAGUGAAUGAAAAAUUUACUGAUAAGAUAGUAGAAAUAUAUAAACCAGGCGAUAUUGUUUGGAUCCAUGAUUAUCACUUGCUAAUGGUGCCCGAGUUGUUACGGAAAAGACUACCAGACGCUAUAAUCGGUUUAUUUAUCCAUGCGCCAUUUCCGAGUUCGGAGAUAUUUAAAUGUCUACCCAAGCGUAAUAAGGUGCUUAAUGGCAUGCUUGGUGCUAAUUUAAUUGGAUUUCAGACGUAUUCAUAUGCUCGUCAUUUCACCAGCAACUGUACGCGUAUUUUAGGAUACGAGUCUACUUCUAGCGGUGGUGUAAGCGCUCAAGGAUUAGUUGUUGCAGUCGGUACAUUCCCAAUCGGAAUCGAUACUCAGAGAGUAGAGUCACGGAGGAAACUUCCUGGGGUACAAUCAAAGAUGGCAGUGAUUAAAGAAAUGUACGCUGGAAAGAAAAUUAUCGUCGGAAGGGACAAAUUAGACUUGGUCAAAGGUGUUUUACAGAAACUGCAUGCUUUUGAACAGUUUCUCAAAGAUUACCCGGAAUGGCGUAAUAAGGUUGUUCUCAUUCAAGUCACUUCCCCCGCCCUCAGCGAGUCCCCAAAGCUGGAAGUCAAAGCGUCAGAGCUAAUUGCGCGCAUCAACGGCACAUAUGGAUCUCUUGAGUUUACGCCUGUACAUCAUUAUCACAACGACAUUGAUCAAGAUGAAUAUUAUUCGUUAAUGAGUGUAGCUGAUAUUGGGUUAAUCACAUCAGUACGCGAUGGAAUGAAUACAACGUCACUAGAAUAUAUCGUGUGUCAGAAGGACAACCAUGGACCGCUGAUUCUAAGUGAAUUUACUGGAACAGCCGGCUCUCUCAGUACAGCUAUCAUGGUCAAUCCAUGGGACUAUAAGGGGGUUGCACGAGCUAUUUACGAAGCACUGAAUUUAUCUCGGGAAGAGAAACAAGUCAAACACAUGUUGUUAUAUGAUCUUGUCUCAUCAUAUACGGCUGACUUCUGGGCCCAGUCUUUCAUUAAAGAACUUCUUGCAAAUUCUAAUUCGACAGAACGAUCCACACCAACGCCAUAUCUCAACACUGAUCUCAUGAUUAAUAACUACAACUCGUCAAAUAAACGGUUACUGCUCUUUGACUACGACGGCACCUUGACACCCAUUGUUAGGAUACCGAGCGCUGCUUUACCGCCGCCUCAUAUGCUAACAGCAUUGGAGGCUUUAUCGUCGGAUCCAAAGAAUGACGUCUGGAUAAUUUCAGGACGCGAUCAGAAAGCAUUGGAAGAAUGGUUGGGACAUGUACCAAGGCUUGGGCUCAGCGCUGAACACGGCAGUUUCCUCAAGCAUCCUGAAACCAAUAAAUGGAUCAAUCUCACUGAGGACAUGGACAUGAGUUGGAUGACUGAUGUUACCGAAAUAUUCACAUAUUAUACAGAAAGAACUCAAGGAUCAUUCGUCGAGAAUAAACGAUGUUCGCUUACAUGGCAUUAUCGCAAUGCAGAUCCAGACUAUGGCGCAUUCCAAGCCAAAGAAUUGCAAAAUCAUUUAGAAGGUGUCAUACUCACGAAAUUUCCGGUAGAAAUUCUUCUUGGCAAGAAGAACCUGGAAGUAAGACCAACACAGGUUAACAAGGGCGAAAUAGUGAAGCGUCUCAUUUCAAACACUCCUGGCGUCGAUUUUAUCUUCUGUGCGGGAGAUGACAGGACAGAUGAAGAUAUGUUCAGGGCUGUUAGGAAAUCCGACGUAUCUGAAAAAUCUAGUUUCUGCGUUACUAUUGGUACUGAGUAUAAGAAAACUAUGGCAGAAUGGCAUGUCGGCUCUCCAGAAGAAGUUAUCAAGACAAUGCAUAAACUUCUUGGAACUAACUGA